AUGGAGUCCCAGGCCUCUCCUGUGGCUAUCCAGCGGAGCAUCUGGGAUGGGCGGAUACCAUUAGAGAUCGUUCUAGCACCUUCUGAGAGCCGAACUUACGACAAGACUGAUCCAUAUCUUGUGGCCUGUCAUCGUGUCUCGUAUCUCCCCUCGCUGCUCCCAAGGCUUCGAGCAUUCUUCUCAACCUCGUUGAUCGAGCCCAACUCCCAACAUCAUGAAGGCUGGUUUACCUUCGAAGGUGUGCCUCUGAAAUGGCAUUAUCCUAUUGGCCUAUUAUUUGACCUGUAUGCCGGCGCAGAGCCCGCCACGAGGAGUAACACCCCAAACCCUGACCCGCAAGAGGAUGAAUCACCGCUUCCAUGGCGCCUGACCGUCCACUUUAGUGACUGGCCCGUCGAAGACCUCGUCAGGCUGGAUCCAGAUGGUAUGGUCAUGAAUGACGCGUUUAUAAACAGUGUGAAGGAAGCGGACUUCCUGCGCAACGGCACCGCAAAAGGCAUCAUGAGCCUUUCCAAGGAGGACUCUUCAGGCCUUUGGAAGGCUGUAGAGAAUGUGGACCUCCCAUCUUUCCAGCGUAUUUCAAACACCCUUCUCCCUCCAUCAUCGCAGCCAUUUCGCAACGUACCUGUUCGCAUCUUCCUUCCACUUCCACCAGAUGAGAAUUCCCCGUCAUUGAAGGUGGUGCAAACGCCGCUUCCUCCGUCUGUACCAAUAUCAAGUGUCCAGGCCAGUCAAAUUAUCAGCGCGCGGUCUAGCCCAAGUACGCAGCCUCAGACGGUCGGAAGUGUCUUGAACAUGUUGCUUCCAAAUUUGUUCCCAAGCCGGCGUACGCCAGUACUUGCAAAGCCUGUAUUACACGGUGCGGUACUUCCUAUGUCUGCACCAAUUGAAGAGGUGGUCAGGUGCUCUGCGUAUGGAGAUGGCUGGGCCUAUGUCGUUGUUCGAAUGAUGGGUUAG